AUUUGAUCAGUUUCCCUGUUAGCCAAUCAGCGAAUCCUGUGAGCUAAAAGACCCAUAUGACGUCAUGCGCUCACUUCCUGUUAUUGUUACUUCCGGCUUUAUGACCGGUGUGAGACCUAUCGAUCGGCGGGAAAAGAGCUAGAACAGUGUGGGUGCUACACAUGUCCACUGAGCUCAGCUGGGGAGGUGAAACGCCAUAAAACUCAUACAUUGACUCAACGACAUCAGUGAAGACCAUUUUUUUCCUGAACAGCGGGAGAUGAAGCAACCACAGCCCCCCCACCUUAAAGAGGAUGAGGAGGUACCAUGGUGCCCCAACACUAAAGAGGAAGAGGAGGAGCCGCAUCUCCCCCACAUCAAAGAGGAACAAGAGGAACGCUGCAUCAGUCAGGAGGGAGAGCGUUUUGAAGGGUUGGACGAGUUCCCAGUAAUUUGUGUCAUUGUGAAGAAUGAAGAAGAGAUCAAAGGUGAAAGUGAGGAGAGAGAGGUGGAGCCUCAAAGCAGUAGCUCAACUCAGCACAUGACAAGAGAAGCUGAUGGAGACCACUGUGAAGGAACUCAAGCAAACAACCUCCUAGCUCCACUAUCAGAGAGUGAGGACACAACAUCACACUCUUCUGACACUGAUGAUGAGAACUCUAAAGCGGGUAUGACAUGUCAUAGUGACAACACACACUUUAAAUGUGCUCACUGUGACAAAACCUUUAAUUACCAUUCUGAUCUAAAAACACACAUGCGAAAACACACAGGAGAGAAACCAUUCAAAUGCUCGGUUUGCGGGAGACGUUUCACUCGUAAAGGAUCUUUGACAACACACAUGAGAAUACACACCGGAGAAAAACCAUUCCUGUGCUCAGUUUGCGGGACGAGUUUCACACGCAAGGGAAAUUUGACAACACACAUGAGAACACACACAGGCGAGAAAUCGUUCGUUUGCUCAGUUUGUGGGAAAAGUUUCACUCUCAAAGGAACAUUGACAACACACAUGAAAAUACACACUGGUGAGAAACUUUUUAAAUGCUCGAGCAGGAAUGAAAGUUUUAUUGAAAAAGGAAACCUUGCCAGGCACAUGACAAAACACUCUGAUAAACCUUUUUCUUGUUCAGUAUGCAACAAAAGCUUCAGUGGACGAGGGAUCCUUGUGACACACAUGAGAAUACACACCGGCGAUAGACCAUUCAUAUGCUCAGUUUGUGGCAAAGGCUUCACUCAUAAAGGAAAUUUGACAACACACACAAAAAUACAUACUGGAGAGAAACUGUUUAGCUGCUCAGUAUGUGGUAUAAGUUGUGUACAAAAAGUUCAUUUAAAAGAACACAUGAGAACGCACACAGGUGAGAAACCUUUCGUAUGUUCAGUAUGUGGUAAAAGUUACACCCAGAGAGGAACUUUGACCACACACAUGAAAAUACACAACGCUGUGAAACCUUUUUCAUGUUCAAGCUGCAACGAACACUUUAGUGAAGAAAAAGACCUUGUAAGACACAUGAGAAUACACACUGGAGAAAAUCAAUUCAUAUGCUCCGUUUGCGGUAAAGGUUUCGGUCGGAAACCUCAGUUGAAAAGACACAUGAGAAUACACACGGGGGAAAAGCCUUUUUCGUGUUCAAGCUGCAAUAAAAGUUUCAGUGAACGCACAAACCUUUUAACACACAUGAGACUACACACUGGUGAGAAACCAUUUAUAUGCUCAAUUUGUGGUAAAAGUUUCAUUCAGAAAAUAAGUUUGACAACACACACAAGACUUUUUCAUGUUCAAGCUGCAGCAAAAGCAUCAGUGAUCUAGAAUCCUUGUGAUACACAUGAGUGCACACUGGUGAGAAAGUGUUGAGUUGCACAUAGGGAUGGGCGACAUGGCCCCAAAUAUAUAGCAUGAUAUAUUGCAGCCCUUUGCAAGGACGCUCGGUAGGAAGUUUUGUUUGAAAAACAAUACAAUGGCAUGUACAACAGACAAUUACAUUCAUGAAAUAAUUGAAUGAUAUUAUUCUGCAUUUACAUCGGGAACUAGACUUGUGUGGGCGUGUACCAAUACGGAACUGUCAUUGCUGGUUAUCUUGCCCACGGACGUUUUUGAGUGACGGACCCAAGGCCAGAAUUUACAGCAAGCUGUCUGUGUAUUAGAAGGUAAUGCUCCAUGGUCCAUAGAACAGAAUGAAGUAAAACGUCAAAUAAAGCAUCAGCAGCUUCUCCAUAUUUUCACGGAUAAAUGUAUGUCCUUUGGACAUUUGUGGCUGCACGCCACGGAGGCUGGCUCUGACUUUGUGUGAUGCUGACUGACCAGGUGGGCUGCUAACAUGUUUUAAUGAUUAGUUUCUCUGAUUCGGUUGACCUCUUCUUCUGUUUCUUCUUCUUCUCAGAACUAACUCAGUUUUGGUGUUUGAAGGGCAGGAUCGUGUCGAUCCCUGGCUGUGGGCUGUGGACAAAUACUAUUUUAACUGGUGGCGGGGAGGCUUGGCACUCCAAUUAUACUUUCAACUAAAAGCAUAACAAAAAGCUGAGAGACCGCUUGUAUUGAAAAAUACUCGCAAGUCGGGGUACUUGUAAGUUGGGGUUCCACUGCAGUUUGAUUUUGCCCUUAAAGCCCUCCUGUGACCAGAAACGUAUUUCCUGAAUUUGUAAUCAAUAACCGGAAAAAAUGAUUUUGCCAUACUGAAAAAAAAUACAGAUUUUAUCACUGUAGUAUUGACCAUAUGGUGACACUGUACUUGGUAAAGUUACUGCCGCUAUUUGUUUUUUCAAAAGCUCGAGCUUAGAAGUUAACAUGGCUUCCAACUUUAGUGAAGCAUUCGAUGCCUUGUGAAAAACAAGGAGUGAUGCUGCGUGCCUCAAUGCCUCCUUGUGUGUGUGUCACUUUAAAAACUUGUGUCUUUUGACUGUGGAGCACCAACAAGAAGAGCUUCUUUUGGCACACAAGUGGAACUAAGGAAAAGGACAAAUUCCGAAGUCUGCAAUCAUUUUGAUCUAACGGCGGAAAAUAAGGGAAAUGUUGUUUUCCUGUUUACUAUUCAGCUCAUUAUUGACUAUAGUUAAACGCUUCAUAUUACCUUCUGUAAAAAAAAAAUCCAAUAUUUAUGUUUGCCAACUAUUAAACGUGCUUUUUGCAAACUUCA